AUGGGCAAACUACUCUCCGAGGCAAUUGGUGCUGACCAUGAUGAGUUUGAUGUUUUGUACGAGAAUAUCAAGAACGCGACCGACGAUGCGGCAAAGGUUCGCUGGAGAAAUCAGCUCACAUGGACGGUCGCACGCCACGCCAUCAGCGAAGAAUUGACAUGGUAUCCCGCAAUGGAGAAGCAUCUGGGAGAAGAGGGUGUCCGUUUAUCAAAGACUGACAAAGAGCAACAUCAAGGUGUCAAGGACUAUCUGUAUAAGGUGCAGGACAUGACGCCAGUUGACCCGCAAUUCAUGCCUUUGCUCGACACACUGAUGGAUCUUCUUCAUCACCACAUUGAACACGAGAAGGAAGAAGACAUGCCUCGUCUCGAAGGGCUGCUCUCGCGUGAAGAGAGCGAACAAUUGGCAGUAAGCUUCGAACGCACAAAGAAGAUUGUUCCGACAAAGAGUCAUCCCGGCGCACCGACGAGUUAUUACUUGGAAUUGUUGACGGGCCUGAUGGCGGCACCUGUGGACAAGUUUAUGGAUUAUUUGACCAAGGACUUCCCGGAUGAGCAAGACAAGCAGGAGGCGCAACAGGCGAGGGACAGUAAGAUAUAG